AUGGCGUCAGUGUCAAGGUUGGCAAGGCGCAAGGAUGCCAGUCGCUUGCCGAGAAUGUCGUCAACUUUCUGGGCUGUGGUGCUUCUGACAGCGCUGCUGGUUCUCUACUGCGGCCAGCUGGCAGCGGGGACAUGUGAGAUUGUGACGCUGGACAGGGACAGCAGCCAACCGCGGCGGACCAUCGCCAGGCAGACGGCCCGCUGCGCCUGUAAGAAGGGCCAGAUCGCUGGGACUACAAGAGCCAGACCUGCCUGUGUGGACGCUGGUAUUGUUCGGAAAAAGCAGUGGUGUGAGAUGGUGCCAUGUUUGGAGGACGAAGGCUGUGACCUGUUAGUCAAUAAAUCUGGCUGGACUUGUACACAGCCCGGAGGCCGAGUCAAAACCACCACGGAAGUGGAGUUAGCUCGGGAGCAGGUGCGGAGGGGCGUGGCCAGGGUCCCCGCAUGGAUCAGUACACCUGAAGAAGUCAAUCAAAUCAGUCGUGGGAAGUCCAGCGAGAGGCCGGUAGCUCGAGUUCUCAGGAUGUCAGCGUCUCUGCCGCUGAGGAGGAGGAAGGAGGAGGUGGGACCGAACAGCAGGGCCAGGGAGGUGGUGAGAGCCGGCAGCCGAGGAGAGAGAGGAGUGAUGGGCAGGAACCCAAAGUGA